AUGUCUCAAUCAUCUUCCAUCUCCAUUGGUGCCAGCAUCAACACUGCUGCUGCAGUCAGUAGCAGCAUCAACCCCUUCACUGAAAGCCAAGUUCCUCUUGCCAUCAUCAAGAACCUUGCGAUGCACAGUGCCAAUGCUCUUUCAAACCCUGAUGAUGCUUUCCCAUCUCCAGUAGCUGAUGACCUUGCUCCUUCUGAUGCCAUCAACAGUGAUGAUGACUUCACUUUGCCGCUCCCUGCUGCCAACCAGACUGCUCUUGCUGCUCCAGUUGAUCUGAAGGUUGCCAACCAGCUUUGCAGCUUCCGCCUCCACCUCCUCCAGCACCCUUCUCUUCUCCUCUGCACUCGCCCUGAGUGCACUCACCACCUGCCGCUCAUCCCAACCUAUGCCAAUGUGUCUCAGCACCUCAAGUCCCACCAUCAUCCGCUCACCAAGACUGGCAUCAAGCUGUUGGAGGAGACACUCCUUACUCUCGACCUUGUCAGCCCUGCUACUGUCAGCAUCAACACCAAUCUACUCCCCAUCAACCUCAUCAAGGAGCUUGAUACAUUUGAUGGCUACUGUUGCAGUAUCUGCGAGUAUGCUGUCAAGUUGAGCUCCUCUGCAUACAAGCACCAGCGCAGCAGCCAUGAUGGCAAGGCUUCUGUCAUCCACCCUGUUCUCAUUCAGCCCAUCUUCACCAGUGGUCCCUUCACCCGCUAUGUGUGGGUCUUCAACAGCAAGCUCGAGCCUACACCCCCUCCUGUUGCCUUCAACAUCAACACAGAGGAGGACGCAGCUUUCAAGGAGCAGCUGGAAGCAUUCUUUGCCAAGGAUGCAGAGCUAAUGGCAAAGGCAGAUCUGGACAUGGAGGGCAUUCAACCACGAACUGUGACUGGCAAUCUCAGCCCAUGGCUCAAGCAGCUAGGCUGGCAGGAGUACUGGGCUGGCAAGCCAGUGGCGGCCAUUGGUUCCCUUGGCUGCAACCCUCACAAGUGGCCAGGUGCCCACCAGGACUUCCUUCACUGGCUGCUUGGCAUGACACAACAGUGUACACAGCAGUGGAUGGAGGCACUUCUUCAAUCUGGCCGCCAGGUGCAGCAAACCUUCCAUGCCUUUGACGACACCCCUAGCCAUCCAUACUCCCUUGAUCAACCCACAGUCAUCAAGUGUGCUGACUGCUGGGCAAUGCUCAUCACCAUGCUGGCUCAUGUCAUGCUAGAUGGCAAGGUUCUUGGCUACUAUGGUGAUGAUGAUCAGGAUGCACACCUUGGCAUCAGUGAACAGCUUGCAGGGCUCUUUGAGGACCUUCAGGACCUCUUCCAUGAUCCCAAUCUGGAUGUUGAUGUCUCCAUGCAUCCUGAUGUGGUUUUGCAAGCAUUUAGUGGCAUCCAGUUGAUCAGUGUCUACCUCAUCACCCAAGAUCCUCCUGCCUAUGGUGAGCUGGAACGUCUUCCUCUGCUACGCACCUUCCUCCACCUCUGCCUCUCUCCUGAUGGCACAUCCAAGCCGGUCAAUACAGCAACCUCGAUCCUGGUCAACUUGGAGUUUGCAUUCCGUGCAGUGAUGCAUCACCACCUUCUCCACCCAGAGCAUGGCACUCUCAUUGGCAAGCCAGUCCCAGAGAUCAACAAGGGGGUUCAAGCAGUUAUGAAGCGUUACCUGUUCAACAACAGCUACUCGGCAAGUGCUCAUCUGCAAUCCCUUCUCUGCUAUGGGACCAAGCUGGCUAAGGAUGAUGGCGGCAGCCUCUACUUCCGGUGGUCUGAGGAUAGGAAGCUGGUGACUUAUGGCACCAACACAAUCAAGAUCAGCCGCCUUCACACCCUUGUCCAAGGCACCUUGGACCGUGCCACCUCUCUGUUGGAGCAGCUGCUGCUGAAGGAUGGUGCCUUGUCUGAGCAUGUGGAUCUGUCUACAUACAAGGACCACUUCUGCAACAGGGAGCCAGGCUACAGCUUUGUUACUGCUACAAAGCAAGAUACUGGCACCUUUUGCCUCCGUCAGGCUCUCAAAGGCUUUCCUCAGCAUCAACCACUCCUUGAUACUUGCUCAGCAGAGCCAGAGUUUGACAUGGCUGCUGCCCAUGCCUACUUUGCCCUUCACAAUGAGUUCAACAAGCUCCUUGCUGUGCUCAUUGAGCUCACCAGUGGUCUGCCGGCAAGAGGCACAGAGCUGGUCAAGCUGCAGCACACCAACACAUUGGUCAGCCAGCGCAACCUCUUCCUAGCCCUAGCCCUAGCCGGUGUGUCUUGCUUGCGGGCAACGCACAAUUGCGCUCCGCCAAAUUCGAAAUUCACGCGACUGCGUUGA